AUGGAUCGGCGAACCCGUAUCAUCGUGGUCGAAUGUCUCCGCGACGGCCAAGCCCUAUCGAGGCUGCUUGAGGUCUUGCCAGAAGAAAACACUGCCAAAUUCAAGGUGUUGUUCAACCCAGAACUCGGUUUCAGCAAGCGCUUGUAUGUGGACUUCAACCUCGUUCUCAAGCAGGUGAAGUUGCGGCAGAGCCUCGAUAGUCUGACGCAGCGACCAGACCUUUGUUUGCAAAGCAAGUGUGAUCCUGCUGUCAGCCGCGGUCUCAACCAGUUGAUGGAAAUGAAGAGAGCGGAGCGGAUCCACGUUCUCAAACUGAUGGACUCCUUUCCAAGCGCCGUGUGCGUAGAGGACAUUGAAACUCAGUAUGGCGACUUUGUUGCCGAGAAGGAGUUGCAUGGAGGUUGUUUGGAUGAUAGAGAUGACAACAAGUCGGCACAUUCUCGGAUGACCGGCCGGACGGGGCGGAGCGGCCGCAGUGGCCGAAGCGGCGGCCGAAGUGCGCGGAGUGGAUCAGGCCAAGGAUCAGCAGAUCAGGAUGGCCCCCAGGACAUUCAUGAGGCCGAGGAAGCAGAACACUCUGAUCAUGAUGAUGCAGCCUCCGUCACCGAGGAGGUGAAGGUGCGCAACGCAAAGAUCUUCAUGAAGCCGAAGUUGGAGAGUGCUAACCCUGCUUACGAAAGGCAUUUACGAGACCGGGAGUACCAGGUCCUUGACGCGAUGAGCACUAACAAAUUGGCAGUGAAAGAGCUCAGCCGAGCGAUGAAGGAGGUGGCAAGUCCGCGGAGAGUGGGCCCCAAGAAAGAUGUCGACAAAGCCUUUCUUGCGCCCGGCACAGAAGUGCAUAUCUACUCUGGCCAGGCCAGGAACACGGCCGAGCUUCAGAAGAAGGCUCUUCGGGAGAAAAUGCAGGAUCAGGGUCAGCUCUGGACCUACUCAGCAGAGCGGAACUCCGGUUGCUUUCCUCUCUUGGACAAAGACGUUCCAUUGGACAGGAUGCUCCGGCAGGAAGUUCCGCAGGAGGACAAUCGGAAACCUUUCAAGUAUCCAAGCCCGCGCGAGGCGGCUGACUACCGUCGAAUGGCCAAGCAGGUCUCCGACUCUCGGAAGGAAGACCUGCAAACUCGUUGGGUAGAGAAUCAACUGCACCCCGAGCUGCAGCUGAAGGAGAUCAUCACUGGUGCCUUUGAUGCGCAAUCCCUUGGGAUUG